UAUAAUAGAACUUUUCACGUGAUAUCGAUUAAUGAGAAAUAUAGCCAAAGACUUGACCGUGUAGGUGUAUAAUGCAAUUGCUACCGCUGCUACGCGAUAUGCACAAUUUCUCUCUAUAUCUAGAAUAAAUAUUAUCAGUCGUACCCAGGGUUCAAAUUGAUCGAAAUGCUUUCAACGCCAAAAGCAAAGGCUGAGUUGUUUCUGGCAUCAUCUCUUUAUGACGGCUUGGAAGACAAUAAUAUAACGCAAGUGACAACCCUAUUAUUGAAUAAAGAGGCAGAUCCCAAUGUUUUGAUACCAUCCCAAGGGAUAACCCCGUUUCAUUUGGUUAUCGGCAAUGACUCUGAAACAUUUGCCGAAGAAGUAACCAAGUUGUUCCUGCGUCAUGGUGGAAAUCCCAAUAUCAAGUCUGUGGAUGGAAUGACACCGGUACAUGUAGCUGCUGCCUGGGGCCGCCUUGGUGUUCUUGAACUUCUAUUAUCAAACGGUGGUGAUCCUCUAUUGGUUGACGACGAUGGGAGGUCCCCUUUCCAUUAUGCCUUUGACGAGGCUCAUUACGACGCGAUUGCUACCCUUGGAAAGUAUUGCGGUGAAUCUUAUGAAGAAGACCUAAAUCUGAAAUACAGUAUUGCCUUGGAUAAGGUUGUAGUAAGCAACGGCGGUGUGAUGGCUGAAUAUGCCGUCUCAGAGGAUAUAUCCACAAUGGAUAGCAACAAGCUUCCAGAUUUUCAAAAAAUCCAUAUAUUUAACAAUAACAACGUUGAUGUAGCGGUAAAUUUAAAUAAUGGGGAAUCUGGCAAUCAUGUGUUUAACCUGUGUGCAAGGCAUCCUGCGAAUAUUGACAGCACAAUGACAACUGCUGACGAGUCAUCGACUUCUUUGCCGAAACAUAUAAACAUCAGGCGACAUAAGAGGUGUCUUCCACGAAGCAGAAAGAAUGGUCUUGACCAAAAUUUGAACAAUAAUGACAGGUUCGAAUGCCGAGAACGAAAUAUGAUGAACGAAAAUCUUCAAUCCAAUGGUUGCCCUAUUUCACACCUCAAUAACGAAACCAAUAUUGAGGAACCUUUUUUUUUAGAACCGCAAAAAAAAGGCGAAAAUAUGCCUCGGAUCAGCUCACCAAAAACCAAUAAAAAAUCAGUAGAGACUGCAUGUGAGAUCAGGUCUAAAUUCCGAGAUAUCAAAAUGACCGAAACUGCGCCACACCAUAACAUAAAAACGUCUUCUAAAAAUAAGAUCAUUCACAAAACUCCUCUACGAUGUCUAAAGAGGGAACCAUUUUCUGAAAGGAAGAAAACUCCAUCUACUACAGGGAAAACAGUACAUAAUUUGAACGUCAAAACUACCCCAAUUGGUAGGGAAUUCUCGCCAAACAAGAAGACAGCACCAUUUCGUACGCCAAGUAAACAGGGCCCUGAAAAAACUUUAUAUUCACCUGAUUGUUCGAUUGUAAGUAAGUCGCCAAAUCUGAUCAUAACACCGACUAAUGCUUAUAAGAAAUUGCACGCGGGAGGAAAAAUAUCUACAAAUAGUACAGCUGUACAAAUGUCAAAACAUUCAAAAAGACGACCAGUCUGUAGUGUAAAUCAAAUAUCAGAAUGUCGAAAAAAUUUUAUCAACGGUGACAGUGGUAAAAAUCUUUUUGCAGCAUCAUGCAAACUGACCGACCUAGGUUACAUGCAAAUGAAGGAAACGGUACUGAGUCCAAAUAGACUUCAUACUUCUCCAACGCAGUCGGAAAGAUAUAUGUAUACCCCAAACCUUACAGAUUCGGCGAAGCAAAAAAAAACAUUACCAGCCAAACGAACAAAAAUUAUAACACCCAGUUAUUCCAAGCUACGUUCACCAGCAACCCCAUUUAACGAAACCUAUAAUAAAAGUGAUUACUUUGAUGCUGCAGGUCUUUCGCCAAAUAUAGAAAAUGCUAAUCCAUUCCUUGAUAGAAGGACUUUGACCAAAAGAAUUGCCAUAAAGUUAGAGGAAACCAUGUAUGACGACGAUUCUGACCAAAGUAUUUUACCUGUGGAUUCCAACCAGAUUUUAGAUAUUCCAAAAACUGAGACACAGCUUCAAGAAGACACGAGGACUAAAAUUAAAGUGAAAGACUGUAUCGCUACUGAGCUUCAAGCAUUACGGAUUGACGAUAAUAACCGUUUUAAUCAUUGGAAGAGAAGAUUAAAUCCAAAUCUUCCAGUAACGAAUGAGCAAGUUCAAAUAGCGAAUACCAUCAUUGGUUCUACAAAAAACGAGGUCGGUGAUGGUAUGGACCACCGAACAAACAAUCUUAAUAGUAACUCGACACAGACAAACAAUAACAAACAUUUCACAAACAAAGUAAUUGAACAUAGAACAUUCAAACCUGAUUUGAAUAUACUUGCUGCUAAUCAUAUUCCCGCGAGGUCAAUUGGCUUGAAAAAUAAAGGCAAUGAGAAACUAGCAUUGACGACCUGCUCACAUGUAUCAAACUUGAAGGAAAUUGAUGAUUCUGUUGCACUGACUGACCAUAGUAGUUAUUUCUCUGAUACUUAUACAGAAGAUGAAACAGAUUCAUUAAUGAAACCGCAACAGUUAAUCAAGAACAAAUCUGCCAGUUAUGAUAACCUGUCAAAAGCCAGAUCCAAAUUGCAUCAAAAUCAGUGUAAUUUCCCACUUGAUUUGGCUAGCGAUAAAUGCUCUAGUGAUAGGAAAAGCUCUGCCCUCUUAUCCAAUGUCACGUCAAGCACUAAUACGUCAAGCUAUGCAUCUUUUGUCAGUAUUGAAGAGGAGUACAAAUAUGAAGACGCAGAGGAGGGAGUCAUCUUAUUGGAACGUCGAUUGUUGGUCACUCCAGUCAACAUUCCAAUAAUCAAAUCUGAAGUCAAAUACUCUUCACCAUCUGAAAAAAGCAGCGAUUGUUUGGAUGAUGAAUCGUCAGAAUUGUACACUUCAAGUUUACCAUCAUCGUUGGUAUUUAUGGACAGUGAAACUCUGCGUGCAGAGUUGACUAAACUAAUUGGUCAUCCGCCUGGUCCUAUAACAGCUACAACUCGCCAUAUCUAUCUGAAACGACUAUGGAAACUUCAAAAAUUAUCCCCAACCUCGUCAUGUCCCAAGAUUGCAGCUCCACCAAAAUUCAGCAUGGAAAUUGAAAAAACGUUGCGAUCAGAGAGUUGGAUGAAUGACUUGUCCCUGUAUGAAUCGUUAGAACAGCAAGUAUUUGGCGAAUUUUCGAAUCCUGAUCCAACACGGCGAUGGAGAGAGGGUACGAUCAAGUCGUCGUUCAACUACCUGCUUAUGGAUCCUCGAAUUACAGAUAAUCUCCCACGACGAGUAGAUGUAUUAUCAUCGAUCGAACGUUGGCGAUCAUUUUUGUCGUCGAUAUUUUAUGUUGGUAAAGGAAAGCGAUCAAGACCAUAUGCUCAUUUGUAUGAGGCAUAUGGUGAAUGGAAAAGAGGUAACAGGAGUACAAGCGAUAAAAAAAUUAACUACAUUUUGGAUAUUUGGAACAGUAACUGCGGGGUGGUUUGCUUGCACUUGUUUCAAAAUACGAUUCCCGUUGAGGCGUACACUCGAGAAGCUGCAAUGAUAGAUGCGUUAGGAUUGGAUAGACUGAAAAAUUCAAAAUCAGGGGAAUACUAUGGUGUUGCUGCAACAUGGAGUCACCAUCAAAAGCGAUCUUUUGGCGUAUAUUUGUUAUACAAAGCAAUGCAGAUUUUAAUGAAUGAAGGCGAGAGACAAUUAUGCCCUGACAAUAUUGGAAGAUGAUGUAACAUUACAUGACAAUGACAACUAUUCAUAAGUGAUAUAUAAUGCUCAUAUCGACAAAACAUGUUUUAUCAACAUGUCUAAUUAAAAAAAUACAUUGAUAUAAGACAAGGAUUUUCUGCAGAUAGUCUACUUUCAUAGUUUUACCACAAUGUAAGAAUAAGUGACUUGACCAUGAAUCUUUUUAUUUAGUAACAUUUUCAAGAUCAUAUUGGCAUUGGAGUAUAAUGUGGAUCAUUAAGGUUUAAAGCAUGGUUCGUGUCAAUUGCGCUUUCAAUUCUGAGCCUUAUGUUCAAAUUGUAUUCAUUAUUCUGUAUGUCUAUAUGUUCACAUAGUGUUGGGUUCAUGCAUAUUUCCAUUACACAAUUAAACUGAGCGUGAGAAAAGAAAGGAAUCAACACUUCUGCAACAAAAGUACAAAUCUCAUAUGUGAUAAUAAGGUUUGACCCAUAAAGAGAAAUAUAUCAUAGAAUUAAAAGUUAGAGUAAAGUUUACAUAAGACCAGGUGGGAAGAACAUUUGUAUAUAGAAUAUUAUUAUAUGAAAUAACUAAAGUGUAAAUA